CCAUCCCUGCCCAGCGCGCGGGGGUCGGCCCAGGCUCCGCGGACGCACCGACGGCUGAGGACCGGCGAUGCACAUGCACUAGCAGCACCCCUAACUCGCUCCCUCCACACCCCGCGCCGCCACCGCCGCCUCCACCUUCUCCUCCUCCGCCUCCUCCUCCUCCUCCUUCGCCUCCGGCAGCAGCGGCAGAAGGACCCACCCUGCCCCCCACCCCACCCUCCGCAGGCUCCGGCUGCGGAUCCAGCCUCGACGCCUCGAUUUUAUUUAUUUUGGGUCGUGCACAAGCCUCAGUGCCUGCAGCCCGUUCCUCCACCGCCCGCGGGCUCCUCCUUCUCCUUCAGUUCCGGAGCCCCAGACCCCGGCGGCUAGCCCUCACCUCGACACCCCUAGAGCCCCCCCACCCCCGCCAGCUGCCGCGAGUCUCCGCUGCUGGAAUCUUGUUAGCGGCCUUUUUUGGGGGGGGGGCUCUGGUCUUUCGACAUUUUUGAUCCCAGCCAAGAAGAGGAUAUAGUGAUUUUCCCCCCCCUUUGAGUCCAGGCUCUGCUCUGUGGGGGGGUGGGGGGGCGCGCCGAGCCGGGGAGCCGUGCCAGCCGAGUCGUACGGGCUGUGGCAGGGAAGGGGCCACCAUGGGAUGUACUCUGAGCGCAGAGGAGAGAGCCGCCCUCGAGCGGAGCAAGGCGAUUGAGAAAAACCUCAAAGAAGAUGGCAUCAGCGCCGCCAAAGACGUGAAAUUACUCCUGCUGGGGGCUGGAGAAUCAGGAAAAAGCACCAUUGUGAAGCAGAUGAAAAUCAUCCACGAAGAUGGCUUUUCUGGAGAAGACGUGAAGCAGUACAAGCCUGUCGUGUACAGCAACACCAUCCAGUCUCUGGCAGCCAUCGUCCGGGCCAUGGACACUUUGGGUGUUGAGUAUGGUGACAAGGAGAGAAAGGCUGACUCCAAGAUGGUAUGUGACGUGGUAAGUCGUAUGGAAGACACUGAGCCCUUCUCUGCAGAGCUGCUUUCUGCCAUGAUGCGACUCUGGGGUGACUCAGGGAUCCAAGAGUGCUUCAACCGGUCUCGGGAGUAUCAGCUCAAUGACUCUGCCAAAUACUACCUGGACAGCCUGGAUCGGAUUGGAGCCUCCGACUACCAGCCCACCGAGCAGGACAUCCUCCGAACCAGGGUCAAAACCACCGGCAUCGUAGAAACCCACUUCACAUUCAAGAAUCUCCACUUCAGGCUGUUCGACGUUGGGGGCCAGCGAUCUGAACGUAAAAAGUGGAUCCACUGCUUCGAGGAUGUCACGGCCAUCAUCUUCUGUGUCGCGCUCAGCGGCUAUGACCAGGUGCUCCACGAGGACGAAACCACGAACCGCAUGCAUGAAUCCUUGAAGCUUUUUGACAGCAUCUGUAACAACAAGUGGUUCACAGACACAUCCAUCAUCCUGUUUCUCAAUAAGAAGGACAUAUUUGAAGAGAAGAUCAAGAAGUCCCCACUGACCAUCUGCUUUCCUGAGUACACAGGCCCCAGCUCCUUCACAGAAGCUGUGACUUACAUCCAGGGGCAGUAUGAGAGUAAGAACAAGUCAACCCAUAAAGAGAUCUACACCCACAUCACCUGUGCCACGGACACCAACAACAUCCAAUUUGUCUUUGAUGCUGUGACGGACGUCAUCAUCGCCAAAAACCUGCGAGGCUGUGGACUUUACUGAGCCCCAGCGCAUUGCCCAGCUGCCCAUGCUCCACCCAGCCUGCCACCCGUUCCUCCCCUGGAACCAGAGCUCUGCCUCUGCUCUGACCACUCUGUGCCCUGAGAUAGAAGAAUCUGGCCCCAGGGAAAGAGGGGUCAUCCUUCAAGUACUCUCCACUCCACCCCACCCCACCAGCAGGACACAUGGUAACAGAGCCAGGCGCAGGUGCUGAGCGCCACACCACAAGGCAGGAGACCACCGCGUACCACCUGGGUGCUGCUGGCUGGUCUGCUGUGCCUCUGGGUUUUACUCAGAGGCUGGGGGAAAGCUGGGAGGAAGUAGGCAAAGCUGCCAUUUGGCCCGAAAUGGGCAUAUCCUGUACUCUGUGCCUCAUACUCAAAAUCCUGGGGUCUCCUCCUGUCAUCUGGGGUGAUUCAGAUGGCAGGAUGGUCCUACAGCAGGGUGCUGGCUGGUUGGGGACAGUAGAUGCCAUCCCUUAGCUUUGCUUUGAGUCUCUCUGGUGGGGGGCAGUUCCGUCGCCAAAAGCUGGGGUGGGACCAACUUGUGGGGCAUGAAGGCUCAGACCUUCUUCCUCCCUGAGCUUGGGUCUUGGCCCCUCUCUGGUCAUCCUUUCUUAUCCAAUGGCCUCCCCCGGAAACCUAGCUAUGAUGCUAGGCCUGUAUAUGCUCCUGAGACUGGCUGGCUGUGAAGGUGAAUGGCGGGAGGGCAAGUCCUAUGCCUCUGGAAGUUGGAGAGGGAGGCCAGGGGAGGCAGCACUUUGUGCCUGAGCUAGGGCCUCUUCCUCCUCAUUGCAAGUUGACUGUUGGAUCCACUCACCUGGGUUCAAAUAUUCCAGGUGUGAAUAAAUACACUUUCCUUCUCCAAGUCAUAGCAACUCAAGCCAGUCAGGCAGGGCAGGUGACUGGGCGUUCCGUAGGCAGAGAUGCAGGAGAGGCACAGCCGGCCCCGGGCCAGUGUCCUGCUUCACUUCAGCUCAAACAAGAAGUUGGGAAACACCCGGUGUUCUCCCAGCCUCCAGGGCUGAAGACAAAAGGUGAACUGGCCAGCACCCUUGAAUGUGAGCUCAAGGAGGGUCCAGCUCACACACACCCCCUGCCCAUGCACCAAGUCUUAGAACCCCUGGGAGAAGACUUUGCUACAGAGGUCCCUGAACAAAAGGGGAUGGGGUAGUUUCUGGUGACCCUGGUCUUGGCUGACCUUGAGCAGUCUACACACCUCCCUCUCACUCCUAGGUAUCUGUGGUAGGCUGGUACCCCAGCCAGUAGCACAGAUAGACCCUGGAGAAUCCUCUGCCUCCAUAGUCAAGCCCCAUGUUCUUCUGAAUGCUGGGACUGCUGAGGCAGGUCCAGUGUCUGGGCUCCCUGCACUCUCCUGGCCUGCCUGCCCAGGAACAGGAAGAGCACCAUUCCCACAGCUCUGGGUUUGUUGGCUCCAGCUGGUGCAGGGAGACAUGGGGACCUUCCCCAGUGCCAAAUGCUCACAGGGGACAGUGCCUCUGGGGAGCCCUCCCUACUCGGUCUUACUGCAUUGCUGCUGCCACCCAGCCCAAGGCCACUUCCUUUGUUCACGCCAUCAUUUUAAAACCUUGCACCAGGUGUGGGGAUGUGAAAAAGGAUUGGCUUUGGGAGCCAACCUCACCACCCUGCAAUGGGCAGCUAAGGCCAGUUAAACCAUUUAGCCCAACAUAUAUGUAGGAGUUAUUUCCCAGCAUCGCCAUCAGGGUGUGGCCACCUGCACCCCUACUGCCCCAUACUGUGACCCCAGAUUCAAAAGCACUUGCAGUGGAGGGGGUAUUGGACAAGCCCCCCCUCGGAAGCUAUUACCAAGAAGGUGGAAGUGACUGUCUCUGUCACCUCAAGGUUCUCCACUCCCCGAGCAGUCCCUCAAAUCACUGCAGCACAGUAAGAGCCCCUGGCUGGAGGCAAGGCCUGGGCCUAGCCCUUCCCUCUCAGUAGAACUGGCAGGGGCCACAUGCCUGGGGCCUGCCUGCCCUCCCAUUUCCCAAGCUGCCUUCUCGUACCUGAUCUGUCCUGCUCAGUGUCUUGUGUGGCUCUCAAUCCUCCUACCUUGAAGAGGGGGUUCUGAGAUGACUGCUGUAACCCUCAGUGACAUGCUCCACGGGGAAAAUGGUUGCCCCGUGCACCACAUCCUCCCAUCAUCACCUGCAGUCCCACCAUGGAGAGAUAACUGAGGGUGAUAUGAGUUUUGGCUCCGUCGUGGCUGUGGGUGUGCGGUGAAGUAUUUUUCAUGGUCAGACCAGGGUGGCAGGGGUCUUAUGUCCAGUGUCCUUGUGUUCUCAGAGGCACUGUGCUAUGCUCUAAAUGGCUGUCCCUUAGCAGGCCAGGGGAAGCUGAUUUCCAGGAAAGGUGCCCUCACGACACACGUGGUCAUGGUCCUGUCAGAUGCCCACAGUCAGGGUUGUGCUGUUAUGUCAGUGGUCAUCUCAAAAGCCUUCCCUCUGAGCAUGGAUAGAGGCCCCAAGACUCUGGCCUGAUUUGGGGAACAGGGUGUUUAUCUAAGACCCAAGGAUAAAUGCUGUUAUAUUCUGGCCUGGGGAUGGGGUCUACCCAGCCUGGGCCACUCACCAACAGCUCCGGCCUUCUGCCUGUGACCCCUUUAUUGAAGACCCUAAAUCCUGCUGCCCCAUUCCUUUCUACCCUGCUGGCUCAGACAGAAGACCUACACCAUCUCUGUCUCCCAGCCCAGCUCCACACCACAUUGGUUGCAACUGGAGAUGCCUGACUUGCAUGGAUUGCACUGGACAUCAUGAGUGUCCCCAGAGGCAGGCAAAAAUCCCUCCCCAAUCCUAUAACCUGGCUGUCAGCAGAGCACCCCCCCACCCCACUGGGGAAGCUGGAGUCACAUUGCCCAGCCCCUUGCCCUCUGCAACAGGAAACACCCAUAACUCCCACGUCCUGCACACUACAGCAGGUGCCGGGAUGCUCUCCACAUCCAUCUCUCCUUCUUCUCUCCUCUCUGUCUGACCCAGUGGUCUUCAGCUUCUUGGCAAGAAAUACACCAAAGGGAGGCUUGCGAGCCUCUAUAUGCCCCUAGGGAACCUGUCGCCCCAUCUGGAGACUCCGGAGCACAGAGCUGUUUCUGGCUGCUGGCGCUCUUCUCUGAGCCUCCUGAGACCCUCUAGGCACAGCCCCACAGUUCUCAGGAACCCUAGCCCUAAGGCUCCAGCUCACUCUGUGGUCACCACAGAUUCAGUCAGGAGUGCCAGAGACAAACACCCCUCAGGCUAUUGCCCCUGUCGGGUCACAGCUAUAGAGUGAUGGUCUCAGCAUCCCAGGGACCAGGGCCAGUGCGAGCCAUUUCUGUGGGGUUUGUGGCAGGACCCCUGUACCCCCACUCCUCAGUGAGGGAGAGUCCUCUAACCACCUGCCAAGAGUGGGACUAGGGCUCACAGACAGGAUCCCCCGUCCCCAUACACGUCCCAGAUGACUGCCUGUUAAGCCAGGGACAAGUUGGGCAAAACCAGAAAAAGUGGCCCCCAUCCAAAGUCCUGGGCUCUCUGGCCAGAGUGGACUCCCUCUGAAAGGUAGCUCACCUCUCCCCCGCUGGGCCCCGGGAAUAAAAGACCCUUGGAGUUAAAAACUACAUCGCUCCCAGCAGCUCUUAGUCCCUGCUCCCCGUCCCCUCCUCCACCACCAUCGCUGUCUGCCCGGAGUGGGCGGCAACACCUUUAACCUCUUGGUCUCUUCCACCCUGCUUCUGCCUUGGUCCCUGCAGCCAUCUGCUCCCUCUGGUCCCAGCCUGGUAGCCGGGCUCCCCCCACCACCACACCCCACCUCUUAGCAGACCUUCUUAGGUGCAAUGAUCCCACCACCUGACCCAUCGCUGCCACCCACCUUAUAUUAACUGUAAUUUUGUAAGAAGAGUGACUUGUUGGUUUAAUAAAUCUCUAGUUAUUGUAAUAAUUUAUUGACUGUCGUAAUGUAUUUAUUAGUCACCCACCAUUAAUAAAAAGUGCCAGCUCUU